AUGUUGACCAUAAUCAAUAAUAUCUCAGCGCAAGUACUUGUCGACCGCUGUCCGCAAAUCGCACGGUUUGGUCCGAUCCGUCAAAUCGACCUCCAUUUGCCUCAAGAGUGUCAGAUCGAGUCCCGCGUUGUUUUCGUAGUAUUUGCCAACCAUUUCGAGCACUCGUCUCAACAAAACGCCCAGUUUUCGGACGUCAGCCGUAACUCUAUCGUCGUGUUGGGAGGCGUCGCGCGACUCCACGAACGACCAGUGCGUUCGGCUCACGGCCUCACCGAAGUCCGACCAUUUGGCCACUAUUUGGCCGCCGCUUUGGCUGAACAGCAAUACAUUACGCCAAUGGACGUCGCAGUGACAAAUGCCCUUAGAGUGAAAGUACAACAUUCCUGUAUACAAAUACACAUCAUACCGGAGCACAUGUGUCGCAUAAAGUCCAGGGCGAGAGUGUCGGAAAUCGGGCGACGGAUUGGUGGCGGCGACCGAUGCCCUGACAACCGAUCGCUGGCCAAAGCUUACGGCCAGUUUGUAGGACACAAUGUACGGGUGAUCGGCCAACACUUUCAUACAGUGUUUCUCCACCUCGUAGGCCAACCGCCGUUUGGGCGCCGACUGACUGACCGUAAACUCCAUAAACUUACCCGCGUAGGGCUGACCCACAGUCACGCCCCGCAUAUAUUUGGCCGCAUUGCCGCCAAUCCGCGUGAAUUUACUGUUAAACCGGACCCGAUAUACCUCCCCAUAAGACCCGUCGCCCAGUGUCUCCCCUCUGUGAAAGUUCCGGACGAGCGGGAACUCCAUCUCUAUUCCAAACUGACGCAAUUUAUACAAAUCCCUUACCUGUGCAUCCGUCUGAACGCCCGGCCACUAAACACUUUGGCCAACCCGUGGCCCAAACCCGACCCAAAGACUGUGCGAUCGCUACUCAUGUGUGCCUCACCAGAAGAACCGCCGGGCGAUGGCCUAGCCAUUAGUGGCCUGUACUCAGUGGCCACUCGAGUGGGUACGGCUGCCCGCGGUGUGGAUGUGGUGUCUGUUAGUCUACCCGUUGGCCGCCUGUACUCAGACAUCUGCCAGGUGUCCGCCAUCGGCCACCAUAAUAGUGCCCGUAGGCAACAGUGUUGGCGAUAUCUAACGGCUCUCCACACCGGCCCACAGGGUAUUGGCUCUUCACCCGUUCCCAUAGGCUUUGAAUAUAAAUACUUGACUGAAUUAACACCUAUGCCUUUUGGGCCCAAAUCAACGGCAAUACAUUUGGUGAACAUAUCCAGAGCUGCUUUAGACAUCUGCCAGGUGUCCGCCAUCAGCCACCAUAAUAGUGCCCGUAGGGAACAGUGUUGGCGAUAUCUAACGGCUCUCCACACCGGCCCACAGGAUAUCGGCUCUUCACCCGAUCCCAUAGGCUUUGAAAUUAAGUCGGCAUCAGUGAUGGGAGCGCGGGAUCCGAUGCCCGCGUUAUUCACCAAAAUAUCUAAUUUGCCAAACGUUUUAAUAGUAGUGUCGAGAAGUCGGUCGACAUCUUCCUCUUUGGUCACGUCUGCCACCACUGGAAGUGCUUUCAGACCUUUUAGUGACACUUCUGUACACUCGUUGCAAAUUUUGGACACAUUAUCGGCAUUACGUCCAGUGAUUACAACAUUAGCUCCACUUUUGGCCAAUAGUAGAGCAGUGGCGGCACCGAUGCCUAAACUCGAACCCGUUAUUAUCGCCACUUUUCCCGUGAAAUCAUAA